AUGUUUCAUCUGCGGGGUGUUGGUUCCUUCAUUCGAAGGCUCCUUCACAACAAUGUCCCUGCGAACCGUGACCAGAUUCUGGAUCAGCUGCGGAUCUGCUCAACUGAAGACCACAUUUUUGACGUGGUGGGGAAAAACAAGGCCAAGCUCACCCUGAACCAUGUCAGUUUGGCCGUGAAGAUGCUGUGGCACUUCCAGAAAGAGAAACCGCAGUUGUUGAGAACAGUCCAGCUCAUCAAGAGUCAUCCGGAGUUCCUGACGCUUCGGAUUUUGGCUGAGAACAAAAUUGCACUCAUGGAUGAUCUUGUAUUGGUGGACUUACUCUACAGUUUUCUCAGGCUGAAUGUGGAGCCCCAUGACUCGCUUGUUCAGCAGUUAGUUUCAGAAGGUUGGUUAAGAUUAGAUAAACUUCCAAUGGCAUCCCUGUCCAAGUUUGCCAUCUGCCUUACUGAUCAGCAACUUCAACAAAGUUCUCUGAUGGGCCAGAUAACUAAUAUUGUGGAUCAGAAGUUGUCAUCUAUCAAUGAUGCCAGAAUCCUAACGACGUUACUCAUCAGCAUCUCCUCCCUGGUGUCUCCUCGUCUUCGGGACGCCCUUGUUAGCCGGGCGGACGUUCUCCUUGGUGUUAUGGAUCAGUCCCACUAUAAUAACAUGCGCAGAGUGGUGCAAUUCCUCCGGAACAUCAAGUACGGCCACAGGCCUCUGCUGGAAAAAUGCAACCAGAUUCUCUUGCACAACAUUCCAAGACUGAAUGCGGAGAACAUCAGCAUUUUCUUGGGGUUGUAUCAAUCCCUGCAGUUUAACAACUGUGACUUCAGACUGGCAGUGAAACAAAGGCUGAUGGAACUGAUAGAUUCCAGCACAGACCCUUUUUCCUUCACCAAACUUUUUGCUGCGCUGGCACCAAUGGCGAGUCAGGAGAGCAGAGAUGGGUUGGAGAGCACAGCACUUCUUUUGGCUGAUGAGUUCAGCGCACAGCAGGCGUUGGCCAUCGCUGAAACAUUAGAAGAGAUUCAGAGCAGGAAUUUAAGCCUGAUAAACAAAAUCGUAUCAGUCAUCCAAAGAAACCUUGAUGUCUACAAGCCAGUGGAGAUUGCCAGAAUCGUUCAAGCUCUUUAUCUGUUACGUUAUCAGAAUCCAGAACUUUUCAUCAAAUUAAGAAACAUUUUAUUGAGAUUUUUAGAGCACAGCAUCUUUCCACACGAAGUGACCAUGCUGACCCGCGUCCUGUCCAUGCUGCCUUCGCCACGGCUGGAGGACAGCGUGGUCUCGCGGUUGGACGCAAUGGUGCCUCAGUGCAACCUCAACGACCUCAGCAGCAUUUCCGUAGCCCUCGCCAAGUGGGUGCGCAACGACACAUCCUACCGCCGUGGCACCCCCGGCAAAUAUGUGCGUCUGCUGCAGACCCUCAACCACUGCGGCCAGAACAGGCUGCAGACGGCUGACCGGCUGGACUUGCUGCUCGAGGACCUCAGAUACAUUUCGGGAGAAUGGUUCGAGGAAAUGCUGCUGGAACAGAUCAUGGCCACGCUGCAGAGGAUGUCGGAGCAAAUAAACUGGACCAAUGUGCCAGAUUUGUCCAUUUUCUUAACCAGGUCUAAUUUUCUCUGCGUACCCUUGAUGGAGCGGAUCGCCGAUGUGGCCAUUAGAGACAUUGACAAGAUUCACCACUCAGCAACAUAUGCCACGCUGCUUCCCUUUUCUGUCCUCAAUUAUGAUUCUGAAAGAGCAGACGAACUUUACAAUGUUUGCAUCCAGCGUUUAACUCCUCAUAUAGGUUCCUUUGACCCUCAUCUACUGGUUCUGCUGGCCUACUCUCUGGCGGUAGCAGACUCUUUUCCUGAGGAACUGGUCAAAGAAAUCUUCAGUAUAGAUUUUCUAGGAAAACUUGACGCCCAGCUGGAAACGCUACCUGAUGCCCUUAACAUGCGGAUCCGACUGCGGCUGAUGGAGCUGAAUCGCGCCGUGUGUUUGGAGUGUCCUGAAUUUCGGGUUCCAUGGUUUCAUGAGGGUUAUUGCCAGCAUCUGCAAGAGAAAGGGAACAAGUUGAUCAGCCCUGUGCAAAAGCAAAUCCACAAAUUGUUGGGCGAGGUCCUUGGUGGUUUUCAUUUUGUCCAAGUCGCAGAGGUCACGCCGUAUUUUUACACCGUAGACUUUGAAUGUAUUCUGGACAAGCAGCUACAGCCAUUGCCUUACGGUGAGCCGAGAACUCUGCAGAUCUUUGAUAAAGGAAAGAUCCACUGGGGGUUGAGUUCACAGGAGAAAGACAGGAAUGAGCUUCCACCUGGAGCACAGCGUGUUGCCAUUAACUUCCUUGAUUUCAAGUCCUUUUGCAAAAAUUCCCAUCAUAUAAGAGGGGAUGCCCUGAUGACGAAAAGGCACCUUGAAAUUUUGGGAUAUCGCGUUGUUCAGAUCCCUCACUUUGAAUGGAACUCUAUGGAGCUGUCAACACUGGAUGCAUGGAAGGAAUACCUCAAGAAGAAAAUAUUUACAGAGCGUUUGCCAUGA